AUGAUCCAGUGGGAGCCUAGACGACCCCUCCAGGGAUCACGGGGACCCCAGGGCGUCCUGGUGGCCUCAGAGUCAGACGGGGCUCCCCGGCGGGCCCUGGGCUGGGAGCCCCGAUGGAUGUGGGCUGUGGACAGAAGAGUCCCUGACCCGCAGCGGGGGCAGGCGGGCCCGGCGAGGCCGGAGGCUGACAGUCGUCUGGGGGCUGUCGUUGCAGUGAGCCACCUCUUCACGGCCACCGCCUGCCAGGACGCCACCUUCAGCGCCCUCCUCCACGAGCUUUGCCUCGCCCAGUUCCAGGUGGACAUGGAGGCCAUCGGGAGGCCGCUGUGGUGCGACUGGGGCAAGACCAUCGGGAGCUACGAAGAGCUCUCGGACUGCACCAGGCAAGUGGCGCAAAAGCUGGACCGCUUCUGGCCAAACGCGGCGGUGGACGCGUUCUUCCUCACCAUCCACCGGCGCUACUUCAGAAACUGCCCGGCCUCAGGCAGGGCCUUGCAGGACCCGCCCAGCAGCGUCCUCUGCCCCUUCAUCGCGGUGCCCAUCCUGGUGACCCUGCUCGUGACGGCACUGGUGGUCUGGAGGAGCAGGCACCUGGAGGGCAUCGUGUAG